UCUUUGCCCAAGCGUUAUAAGAGUAAACCAAAAUGUUUGUACAUUUGAGAUCAGGCGAGUGAGAUCACCUGCAGUUAGAUUUUGAUGGAUUUUCAAAAAUCGAACUUUUCAGGAAAAGAAAGAAAAUUCGGUUUACGUGAAAUCAGGUCAAGAUGUGACCGAAAUAUUUAAUGGAGAGACUUUACACAGACAUUGUUACUUCCUGCGCAAAGAGAGUGAAAAAUCUGACGGGAAAAAUAAAACAACAAAAACAAUGAAAUACAAUAAGUUCGAUAAAUAUAAGCCAUAAAAAUAGCCAAAGAAAUCUGAUACUCAGCGCCAAAGUAGCCAUCGCUCGGCGGGAAAAUAGCCAAAAAAUAUUGAACAAGUAGCCAAACAAGCCAUCGAGCCGCCUUACUCUCGAUAGAGCACGAUGAACGGAGAGAGAGAUCACGAAAUAACGAGCUUUGAGGAGAGGCAGCAGCUGUGGCGAGGAGAAGAGAGAGAAGGCGAGGAAGAGAGGAAUAAAGGGGGAGAUAAGAAGAGCAAAAGAAGCAGGAGUGGAAGCGGAGGACGAAACGAAAAGGGAAGGAAGGCGGAGCAGAUAAACGGAAUGGAAGAGAGGAAGAAAGUUUGGGGAAAUAUGAAGAACAAAGAAGAAAGCAUGAACGGUGGAAAUAACCACUUCGAUGGCGAUGACGUCAUUGAUGGCGAUGACGUCAUAGUGUACGAACCAGACGGUUUUGUCGUCGAUACAAAGAAAGCCAGGAUGCAGAUGGCUUUAAAGGGCAGAAAUAAUGAGAGGAGGGAGGCGGACACGAGGGACACGAUAAAAGAGAAUGGGGUCCAAAACGGAGGGAAAGUUAAGAACGAAAGAACUGGAGAGACAGAGAACAAGGAUAAACGGAACGAAGAUUGCCAGAGAGAUAAAGGGAAAGAAAACAAAAGCGGAGGGAAGGAUAAAGGAGAGACCAAUGACGAGACGAACAAACCUCGCGACCAGACAGCCCCGAGAGAGAAGGAAGAAAAGGAAAUAAAAGGAGAAGCGAAGGCAUCAGAAGGGCAGCAGAGGAAAGGCCGCGCCCCCCAGAGCCCCCCGAAGCUCCAGAAGACCUCCUCCUCCUCAAUCUCUCCUCCUCCUUUAUCUGCCUCUUCCUUCACUUCCUCCCCCGCCUCUGCUCCGUCCUCCUCUUCGCCCUCCGCCGUCCUACAGAAAGUCAACAUCUACGAGACACUUGAAAUGGCGAGGAACCCCGCCUUCAGGCACUACACGGCGGGCGGAGGCGUCAGCGUCGUGGUGGACCUGGAAAGAGGCGUUCAGGACGGCACGUGGAAGCCUCCUCUGCCGGAAUCUGACGGAGGGGACGCCGAAGGAGGCGUCGGAGGCAGCGUCGUGGACUUCGUGACCUCAAAGGCGGGCGACUACAUAUGGAUCGAGCCGGUGUCGAGGCGGGAGUUCGACGUGGCCAUCGGCGCCAGGGUCGUGAGCGCCGAGGGACGCCGCAUUCAGGUGCAGGACGACGACGGGAACGAGCAAUGGCUGACCCCGGAGCGGCGCAUCAAGGCCAUGCACCCGACGUCGGUGCAGGGCGUCGAGGACAUGAUCAGCCUGGGGGACCUCCACGAAGCCGGCAUCCUCAGGAACCUCCUUAUUCGAUACAAUGAGAAUCUUAUUUAUACCUACACGGGCUCCAUCCUGGUGGCCGUGAACCCCUACCAGAUCCUCCCCAUCUACACGGUGGACCAAAUCAAGCUGUACCGAGGCAAGAAGAUCGGCGAACUCCCCCCGCACAUCUUCGCCAUCGGGGACAGCUGCUACAACAACAUGAGGCGGUUCAAGCAGGACCAGUGCAUUGUUAUCAGCGGAGAAUCAGGAGCCGGGAAGACGGAGAGCACGAAGCUGAUCCUGCAGUAUCUGGCAGCCAUUUCCGGAAAGCAUUCGUGGAUCGAGCAACAGAUCCUGGAGGCUAAUCCUAUCCUCGAAGCCUUCGGCAACGCCAAGACCAUCCGCAACGACAACUCGUCCCGCUUCGGCAAGUACAUCGACAUCCACUUCACGAAGGACGGCGUGAUCGAGGGCGCCUCCAUCGAGCAGUACCUCCUGGAGAAGUCUCGGCUGGUGUCGCAGGGCACGGACGAGAGGAACUACCACAUCUUCUACUGCAUGCUGGCCGGGAUGACGCGGGAGGAGAAGCAGAAGCUGGAGCUCGGGGACGCCUCGCAGUACAAGUAUCUGACGGGGGGCGGCAGCAUCACGUGCGAGGGCCGCGACGACGCCCGUGAGUUCGCCGACAUCCGCUCUGCCAUGAAGGUCCUCAUGUUCAGCGACUCCGAGGUCUGGGAGAUCACCAAGGUCCUCGCCGCCAUCCUGCACAUGGGCAACGUCAAGUUCAAGGGCAAGGUCAUAGACAACCUGGACGCCUCCGAGAUCCCCGACACGACGUCGCUGGUCCGCGUGGCGCGCUUCCUCGGCCUCGACCCGCGCGCCAUGAAGGAGGCCCUCACCACCAGGACCAUCUUCGCGCAGGGGGAGACCGUGGUGUCGCACCUGAGCCACAGCCAGGCGACGGACGUCCGCGACGCGUUCGUGAAGGGCAUCUACGGCCGCCUCUUCAUCUGGAUCGUGUCCAAGGUGAACGCGGCCAUCUACAAGAAGGCGGCGACCUUCAGGACGUCCAUUGGCGUCCUCGAUAUCUUCGGUUUCGAGAACUUCAAGUCCAAUAGCUUCGAACAGUUCUGCAUCAACUACGCGAACGAGAACCUGCAGCAGUUCUUCGUGCAGCACAUCUUCAAGCUGGAACAGGAGGAAUACAACGCGGAAAACAUCAACUGGCAACACAUCGAGUUCGUGGACAACCAGGACACGCUCGACCUCAUUGCCAUCAAGCAGCUCAAUAUCAUGGCUCUGGUGGACGAGGAGUCGAAGUUCCCGAAGGGCACAGACCAAACCAUGCUCCAGAAACUGCACAAGCAGCACUCGCACCACAAGCAGUACCUCAAGCCCAAGUCUGAUCUCAACGCCUCCUUCGGCAUCAACCACUUCGCCGGCGUCGUCUUCUACGAUACGAGAGGCUUCCUGGACAAAAACCGAGACACAUUCAGUGCUGACCUUCUGCAGCUGAUUCAUCACACAAGCAACAAGUUCUUGCAACAUCUCUUCGUGGAGGACAUCGGCAUGGGCUCCGAGACCCGCAAGCGAGCGCCCACACUGUCAGCCCAGUUCAAAAAGUCUUUGGAUUCGCUGAUGAAGACGCUCCUCUCCUGCCAGCCCUUCUUCAUCAGGUGCAUCAAGCCCAACGAAUUCAAGAAGCCCAUGCUCUUCGACCGCGAGCUGUGCUGCCGCCAGCUGCGUUACUCGGGCAUGAUGGAGACCAUCCGGAUACGAAGGGCCGGCUAUCCGAUCCGCCACACGUUCAGGGAGUUCGUGGAGAGAUACCGGUUCCUCAUCACCGGAUGCCCGCCCGCGCACAAGGUCGACUGCCACGCCGCCACCUCCAAGAUCUGCCAGCAGGUGUUGGGAAGGGCGGACUACCAGCUGGGACACACGAAGGUCUUCCUCAAGGACGCCCACGACCUGUUCCUCGAGCAGGAGAGGGAUCGAGUCCUCACCAAGAAGAUUACUAUCCUACAGCGCUGCGUGAGGGGGUGGUACUACAGGAGGAGAUUCCAGAAGAUGCGCGAGAGUGCCAUCAUCAUCCAGAAGCACUACCGCACGUUCGCGCAGAAACGCCGCUACCAGCACAUGCGCGUCGGGUACAUGCGGCUACAGGCCCUCAUCCGCUCCCGGGUCGUGUCGCACCGCUUCAGGCACCUCAGAGGGCACAUCGUGUCGUUGCAGGCCCGAUGCCGCGGCUAUCUGGUGCGCCGCGAGUUCCACCGCAAGCUGUGGGCCGUCACGAAAAUCCAGGCGCAAGUCCGCGGCCUCAUCGCGCGCAGGCAGUACCGCAAGCUCAAACUCCGCGUGGAAGCCGCCCGUCUCAAAGAGGAGGAGGAGAGAGCCCUGAGGAAGCAGAUGGACAAGAGGAAAGCCAAGGAGAUCGCCGAGAAGAAGUACAAGGAGCGAAUGCUGGAGAUGGAGCUGGCCGAGGAGCAGAAAGACCGAGAGGAGCGCGAGAUGAUGGACCGGAAGCGAGCGCAGCUGCGGGAGGCCGAGAGGCAGCGGGACGAGCCCGUGGACGACUCGAAGCUGGUGGAGCAGAUGUUCGACUUCCUGCCCGACUCGGCCUCGGAGGCGCAGGCCCCCCCGGCGGCCUUCAAGGAUCUCCCGGCGGCCGGCAAGGGCACGGUGUCCGGCGACGACAUCAUCACGGCCAUCCCGCGCCCCUCGGGAGACCAGGACGAGGACCUGUCGGAGUACAAGUUCCAGAAGUACGCCGCCACCUACUUCCAGGGCAACGUCAACCACCAGUACUCGCGCAAGCAGCUGAAGCAGCCGCUCCUGCAGCUGCAGACGCAGGGUGAUCAGCUGGCCGCCCUCGCCCUCUGGAUCACCAUCCUGCGGUUCAUGGGCGACAUGGCGGAGCCCAAGUACCACAUGAUGGACCGCGACAACACGUCCGUCAUGUCCAAGGUGUCGGCGACGCUCGGCAGGAACUUCAUCAAGAGCAAGGAGUUCCAGGAGGCGCAGCUGAUGGGCAUGGAUCCAGUCCUGUACAUGUCACAGAAGAACCGCAGCAUCCGCCACAAGCUGGUCUCGCUCACCCUCAAGAGGAAGAACAAGCUCGGGGACGACGUGAGGCGGAGGCUGCAGGAGGACGAGUACACGGCCGAGAGCUACUCCUCGUGGCUGGACUCGAGGCCGACCUCCAACCUCGAGAAGUUGCACUUCAUCAUCGGCCACGGCAUCCUCAGGGCCGAGCUCAGAGACGAGAUCUACUGCCAGAUCUGCAAACAGCUGAGCAACAAUCCCUCUAAAUCCUCCCACGCCCGCGGAUGGAUCCUGCUGUCCCUGUGCGUGGGAUGCUUCGCGCCCUCCGAGGACUUCGUCAAGUACCUGCUGUCGUUCAUCCGCGAGGGCCCCCCCGGCUACGCCCCCUACUGCGAGGAGAGACUCAAGAGGACCUUCGCCAACGGCACCAGGAACCAGCCGCCCAGCUGGCUCGAGCUGCAGGCGACCAAGUCCAAGAAGCCGCUGAUGCUGCCCAUCACCUUCAUGGACGGCAACACCAAGACGCUGUACGCCGACUCGGCCACCACGGCGCGCGAACUCUGCAACCAGCUGUCGGACAAGAUCUCGCUCAGGGACCAGUUCGGCUUCUCGCUCUACAUCGCGCUCUUCGAUAAGGUGUCGUCCCUGGGCAGCGGCGGCGACCACGUGAUGGACGCCAUCAGCCAGUGCGAGCAGUACGCGAAGGAGCAGGGUGCGCAGGAGAGGAACGCCCCCUGGAGGCUCUUCUUCAGGAAGGAGAUCUUCGCCCCGUGGCACGACCCCACCGAGGACCCCGUCGCCACCAACCUCAUCUACCAGCAGGUGGUCCGCGGCGUGAAGUUCGGCGAGUACCGCUGCGACAAGGACGAGGACUUGGCCAUGAUCGCGGCGCAGCAGUACUACAUCGAGAGCGGCAACGACCUCAACACCGACCGCCUCUUCAACAACCUGCCCAGCUACAUCCCAGAUUACUGCGUCUCCUCGGGCGAUAAGGCGAUCGACCGCUGGGCCGGCCUCGUCGUCGCCGCCUUCAGGAAGAGCUACUACGUCAAGGAGCGCGUCCAGGCCCUCAGGGUCAAGGAGGACGUCGUGAGCUACGCCAAGUUCAAGUGGCCGCUGCUCUUCUCCAGGUUCUACGAGGCCUUUAGAUACUCCGGCCCCAACCUGCCCAAGAACGACGUGAUCAUCGCCGUGAACUGGACGGGCGUAUACGUGGUGGACGACCAGGAGCAGGUCCUCCUCGAGCUCUCCUUCCCCGAGAUCACCACCGUCUCCUGUAGCAAGACGCAGAAGGUGUACACGCAGACGUUCACGCUGUCCACCGUCCGGGGCGAGGAGUUCACGUUCCAGUCGCCCAACAGCGAGGACAUCCGGGACCUCGUCGUCUACUUCCUCGAGGGCCUCAAGAAGAGGUCCAAGUUCGUCAUCGCGCUCCAGGACUACAAGGCGCCGGGCGAGAACUCCUCCUUCCUGACCUUCAGCAAGGGCGACCUGAUCCUGCUGGAGGAGGACUCUUCCGGCGAGACCGUCAUGAACGCGGGCUGGUGCGUGGGGCGCUGCGAGAGGACGACCGAGCGCGGAGACUUCCCGGCCGAGACUGUCUACGUGCUGCCCGCCGUCACCAAGCCGCCGCCGGACAUCCUGGCCCUGUUCACCGCCGAGGGAGCGGAGCACGGCCGGAAACUGUUCACUCCGCAGGUGAACGGCUCGGACACCCACGAGAAGCCUCACACGCUGGAGGAGUACGCGCUCGACCACUUCAGACCGCCACCAAAACGUACGGUCUCGCGCGCCAUCACGCUGACGUCUGCGCGGCGGCCGGCGAGCGAGUGCCUGUGGAAGUACUCGCGCGACCCCAUCAAGCAGCCGCUGCUCAAGAAGCUGCUGCACAAGGAGGAGCUCGCUCAAGAGGCCGUCUACGCCUUCAACGCCAUCCUCAAAUACAUGGGCGACCUCCCCUCCAGGAGGAACCGCCAGGGCAACGACCUCACCGACCAAAUCUUCGACGGCCCGCUUAAGCAUGAGAUCCUGCGAGACGAGAUCUACUGCCAGGUGAUGAAACAGCUGACAGACAACAGGAACAGAAUCAGCGAGGAGCGAGGAUGGGAGCUCAUGUGGCUGGCGACGGGGCUCUUCGCAUGCUCGCAGAACCUCAUUAAGGAGCUGACCCAGUUCUUGAGGACGCGACGCCACCCCAUCGCCCAGGACUCCCUCCACCGGCUGCAGAAGACGCUGAAGCAGGGGCAGAGGAAGUACCCGCCGCACCAGGUGGAGGUCGAGGCCAUCCAUCACAAGACCACGCAGAUCUUCCAUAAGGUCUACUUCCCCGACGACACUGACGAGGCCUUCGAGGUGGACUCCUCGACGCGCGCCAAGGACUUCUGCGCCUCCAUCGCCCACCGCCUCAACCUCAAGAGCUCCGAAGGCUUCUCGCUCUUCGUCAAGAUCGCCGACAAGGUGAUCUCCGUGCCCGAGGGAGACUUCUUCUUCGACUUCGUGCGCCACCUCACCGACUGGAUCAAGAAGGCGCGGCCCUCCAGGGACGGCACGACGCCGCACUUCACGUACCAGGUGUUCUUCAUGAAGAAGCUGUGGACGAACACGGUGCCCGGGAAGGACCGCAACGCCGACAUCAUCUUCCACUUCCACCAGGAGCUUCCCAAACUCCUUAGAGGUUAUCACAGAUGCACGAAGGACGAAGCAGCCCGGCUCGCGGCGCUUGUCUACCGAGUGCGUUUCGGCGAGAGCAAGCAGGAACUCGCCCAUAUUCCAACAAUGCUGAGGGACCUGAUUCCCGCCGACCUGGCCAAAGCCCAGAGCACCAACGAAUGGAAGCGCGUCGUCGUACAGCACUACAACAAUGACGCAGGCAUGAGCCCCGAGGAAGCCAAGAUCGCGUUCCUGAAGGUGAUCUACCGCUGGCCCACCUUCGGCUCGGCCUUCUUCGAGGUCAAGCAGACGACGGACCCCAACUACCCCGAGCACCUCCUCAUCGCCAUCAACAAGCAGGGCGUCUCGCUCAUACAUCCUGUUUCGAAGGAAAUCCUCGUGACCAACCCGUUCACCAGAAUCAGCAACUGGUCCUCGGGCAACACGUACUUCCACAUGACCAUCGGCAACCUGGUCCGGGGCUCCAAGCUGCUGUGCGAGACUUCCCUAGGCUACAAGAUGGACGACCUGCUGACGUCAUACAUCUCCCUCAUGUUGACCAAUAUGAAUAAACAAAAGACUCUCAGGCUCAAAUAGGACAUGGGGAGAGUUAGGAUAAUUAAUUAUUAGGGUUGAUGUUAAUUUUUUUUUUUUCAAAGAAAAAUAUGAACACUUUUUAAAUUGUCGUAGGAAAGUUGAUAUUUUGUAUUUCAAUUUAUCCCUGUAGCAAUUAACCAAGAAAAAAGUAUUAUUGGGUUUGGUCAUAUAUGCAUACAUGCAUUGUGUUUAUAUAUGCACACCCAUAGGCAUACACUCUUUUAUAAGAAAACUUGAUUUUCUACUUUCAAAAAAAAGGCUUCCAGAUUUUAAAGUCUAGUGAAAAAAAAACCUUAUUCCUGCCAUUACACUUUUCUGUUGUGCAAUGUACAACCUUUCUUCCACAUUUAGUAUGCAAAAUUCGAAUAAAAAUAUUAUGAGAAAAUACAGCAGUGGUAGUAUUUUUCAAAUAAAAAUACUUAUUUUUUUAAAGAAAAAAAAACACACGUUUUAGCCUUUAAAGCAUACUAUUGUGAUCUUUUAUUGUGAAAUUGUUGACGCUAUUUUUCUGUAUCUCUAGAGGAUGGGAGGUCUUGAUCUAUGUUAUUUUUUCUGCUCCGUAAGUAAAAAUCUAGAUCUUUCAUAAAGAUAAAUUAGAAUGCAAUUUGCUCAGAAACAGAUUAGGAAAUAGAUUCUCCAAAGGCAUAUUAAGAAUAUUUGGCAAUACCUCUCUUACGCAAAGUGAUAUUGUAUUGUUUCUGCUUGACUAUCUGCUCUCCCAAGUAGCUUUAAUUUUUUGAAUCGUUAUAUGCAUAUAUAUAUACAUAUAUAUAUGUAUGUUUGUAUGUAUGCAUUAAAGAAUGUCACUCACUCGAAGGAUUGUGCUAAAAAAUCAUAAGGUCCUUGUUACAAACAAGACUUUUAAAAUAUGUAUUAGGUAAUCGUUCCCCUUUAAGUACUUUCGUAAGCAGAUUUAGUCACCGAGAGCUGGACUAAGAGAGAGAGAGAGAGAGAGACUUGGCUCACACAAAUAAUGUUUUUCAAAUCAUAAAUUUCUGAUUGUUCUUUAGGUAACAUUUAAGGUUUAUUUUUAUUUGCUAAGUAAAUAUAUAUAUACAUAUACAUAUAUAAAUAUGGUUAGCUAUAUAUUAUAGUUUAUUCUGAUGAAAGGCACAAUUAAGCAUUUUAGAUUUUUUCUUGUUUGUAGCCUAAUAAAAUGUAUUGAUUUCCAACAUGGGUAUAUUAUUAUUUUUCUUUUUUUAAUAUAAAACUAUUUUCUUUGUUAUAAUUGUACAUUGGAAAUUUUACAAUUCCAAUUCGGCAAAGAUGGUUUUUGUAAGGCGUUUACAGAUUCCUGGUGUUAUUUAUGAAUGCUGUACAUACUGUUUAUUGGUUUUAUAUAUUAAGGCAAUUCUCUUCCAAUAGAAUAAUCAUUGCAGAUGAAGUUUCAUUUACGUUUAUUUUUUUUUUCCCAGACCUUCUAUUGUUUUAUAUCAUGUCUGUCUACAAACUGAACUGUUUAAUUCUAUGGAGGAUAUAUAGAUAUCACGUUCUGUGUAUUCUUUUCCUUUAGUAGAAGUGUUAGAUUUUUUUUGUUAGUUGGAUUAUUAUUUGACGAAGUUUGUGCAUGCAUUUUAUUUUUUGUUUAUUCAUGUUUCUUUUCCUUUCAAUAUUUUUAUUUUCUUUUUUAUAUCAUCACGUGGUAUUCGGAUUCAUAUCCCAUUUGAUUUCACUACUUCAGUUUCAUUCUGUCAUUAUAAGUGAUGGACUUGAUUUAUUCACAGUCUAAAUAAAAAGGCAUGCAAUUUA